AUGCGCUCAGACUUGAACUUGGUCAACUCGAAGGACACACUGUACUCGGUCUCGAGCUCUAGGACCCCACCAUCUCAAAGUAGCCACCAGCUCUCCAGCUCCCUUUCAAAGAAUCCCCAGCCUCAGGUGCUACACGAACAGUCUUGGGUCAGUGAUCCCGAUCAGCUGACGAAACCCCCUUCUCAGGACACAAUCUCCGACAGCCUGGAUACUUUCCCGAAUAAAGUAAAGGGCCACAAAAGUAAGAAGCACAUCAAUCCUCUUCUCAGACAGGUUUCUGGGGAUGAGUCACGCUCAACUUCAAUCGAUCUUUCACGGUCGUCUUUUGAACAAGAAGGGCUGGGGAUCUUCAUGAACACCGCGAAGGACGGGUGGCAGACCGAUUCAUAUUCGAGUUUAACUGCCAGAAGGACUGUCUCGGGUUUUCACAAUCGCUCUACAAGUGCAACCUCACAAUUUUCGGGUACAAGUUCCUCGAGUGUUGGAAAACCUGGAUCUCAGUAUGUUCACCCAAUGCGCCAGACGCCUCGGUCGUAUACGCCACCACUCAAUCAAUCCUGCCAAACAUCAAUCACUGAAACCAAUAACCCUGAGCUUGAAAACCCGUCGUCACAUUGCGAGCAGGCUCCAGACAACACAGACUUGAAACGCCCUCCACCUUUUGCCCGUACACCGUCUGGGCAGGCUCCUCGGCUAUCUCUCCAACUCAAUGAUGGUUCAUACUCGAGACUCCCUGGAAUAGGAAUAUCUCAGCCUAGUAUCACUGGGCGUACUUCUUUUGGCUACUCUAGAGACAACUCGAGCGUCCUGGAUACGACGUCUCCAACAUCCAGGUCAUCUCUAGACUUUAUCUUCCGAUCGAAAACACGAACAAAUACGGAUACUUUAUCCCGCGCCGCCACUGUGCAGGCAGCACGCCAGGCGUUUGAGGAGAAAGAGGCAGCAAAGACCCGUAAAUUCGAAGAGCAGCAGAUUAAGGCGGAGGAAAAGGAAAAUCGCCGCAAGAAGAAGCAGAGCUUACGAAACUCCACAAACUCUGAUCAGUACCAGAGCACAUUCGCUGCAGAAAAGGUAUCGCAAGAGAGCACCGGCCUUCCCGAGCCAACUCGCCCUAGUUCCUCUCCUCAACACCAACGACACAGGUCAGGAUCCUGGAAAUCUCAGUCCAAGAGCACCUGGAUGCUUUUCAUGACAUGGCUGAGAACAAGAGUGUUUAAACUCAGACGAAACGCAUUGAAGCGUCGCUGA